CCUGAUCUCUGUCUGGACAGUGCUGAUUGGCCCUGUGCUGAUCAUAUGCACUCUCCCAAGAAAAAAAAACCCUCUCAAGCAAUACACACCAAACUGAGCAUGUGCAGAGUCUCCACACAAUAUGUCUUAUCAGGAGAUAAGACAUAAUAACACUGGAAGAAGGGGAGGAUUAAAGAAGUCAGGAUCAAACAGCAUUUUUACACAAUGCAGAGGAUUAACCCCUUAGGUUCCACGUGAGUAUAACAAGCAUGCUUUACUGCAUAUACAGACUGAUUUUACUGUUGUGGGUUUCGUUACACUU